AUGGAGAAAGCCUUGCAGGAUUAUCCUCGCAAGAAGACCAGAUGGGAGCUCAUUUUGGCUCUGACAUGUCUCGCCCAAGCUAUCUUUCUGACUGGCUACUUCUUUUCGAGCGCACAUGACCACCAUCAAACACCUGCUCUGCCGGGCCAACUCACCUCCUGGACUGAUUGCGGUCUCUCGCCCAGGGAAGCGAGGGCCCGUAACUGCCACUUUGACUCGAUGCUAUACGCGUGGAUCCCUGGCGAGUGUUUUCACCCAGAGCCAUUAGACGAGUACAGGCCCUUCAAAGAUCGCACCUGGUAUACGGAUGUCAAUCUUACGCAGCCAAUGAGCGAUGUCGAGAUUGAGGAACUGUCGGCAGGCAACAUGCCGAUCGCAUAUACGCACACCUAUCACCACGAACAUUGUCUUUACGCAAUGCGCAAGCUUGCCAUGGCCACCGAUAAGCGUUGGCUGCUGAUUGAUGGCAAAUCAGCUGACGUGCAUCACGCGACACACUGUGGCAAGCAAAUUGCUCAAUUUGUCAAGGGCACGAUCGAUCAAACUUUCAGUCCGGGGAGUGACCACCAUGCCAUGGCACGCUUGCAAUUCCCGGGGUGUGUGGCUAUGCCGUGGAGACUGUGA